AUGCUCCCAGUCCCAGUCCCAGUCCCAGUCCCAGUCCCGGUCCCGAGCAUCUCAUCUCCGAUCUCUCGCCGCCCUUCCUCUCCCUAUCAACCAACACCUUCCCGAAACGGCAAUCAGCUCGAGCAGAGGGCGACCCGGAUCGUCAAACAGAUAACAUUUCUUCACCGCAGCUGUGCUCAAGCCCCAAGUCCAAGCCCCAAGUCCAAGCCCCCAAGGCCCCAAGGCCCCAAGGCUCCAAGGCUCCAAGUGCAGCAGAUCAGCGCAGGGGCUCAUGGUGAAACGAAACUACAGAGUAGUCGUCGUAACGCGCUGCCUCUCGCGGCUCGCCCAGGAAACGGCACCAGGACCUACUGUCCUUACGCUGUAGCUCCGUACAACUACAGAGGGCCUACCGAGCCCCCUCACGAAAAGCUUCCUCUCCGUGGACCUCCGUCCGACUCAAAAUUACAGAAGUGGAGUCGCUUUUCCCCAUGCCUCGACCGCUUGAAACGACCGAGUGCUGCUCUAACUACGCAGUACGUAAAAGCCCUAUCGGGAAUGAAGCUCAUCGCACGCUCAGCGGGUUUUGGUUACAGGAUCGCGAGUGGACGUAACAGGCUAGCGGCGAUGGUUUCAAUCAUGGCAAAGGCAUACGAUCAAAUCAAGCUUUGCAAUCUUGGGAUUCGGGAGCGAGAGACUCUGCUGAUAUCGGCUUUUUUCGUGGGCCAGAUCCACGAGCUGGAGGCAUUCAAGCAGGAGAGUGUCAACGCGUUCGAACUCAUGGAAGGCGUGUCUGUCGUCUGUCAAGGGCAGGCAAAAGACUGCUGUGGACUUCAACCACAAGAUCGGAUGGCUCUCGACCACUCGAACGGCUACGUAGCCGCACGAAACCUGCAAGACCUCAAUGACAAUGCGCUACCCAUAUUCAAUGUCGAGCGGGUGCAGCUGCAGUUCUCGAUAGCGUCCGACUUCGUGGCCGCGCAAGUCGCAAACAACGUCCUGGUGCUGGCGCUCUCCAACGGCAGGAUCCUACGCAUAGAUCUGGACAACCCGGCGGAUAUCGACGAUAUCGAUUUGCCCAAGAAGACGUCCGAGGUUGGAGUGAUACGGCGCAUGUUCCUGGACCCGACUGCCUCGCAUCUGAUCAUCUGCACGGCUUUGGGGGAGAACUACUAUCUUCAUACCCAAUCUCGACAGCCCAGACCGCUGUCCCGACUCCGCGGGGUUUCUAUAGAAGCUGUAGCGUGGAACCCCGCCUUGCCAACCACUUCAACGCGAGAGAUCCUUAUUGGGGCAGCAGACGGGAAUAUCUACGAAGCAUAUAUCGAGACAUCUACCGAGUUUUACAGGAAGGAGGACAAGUAUCUAAAGACACUCCUGAAAUACCCGGAUGGUCCUAUUACUGGGUUAUGGGUUGAUGCUGUGCAGGAUGCGAGGAAACCGGACUUUCGAAGGGUUUUGAUUGCGACGCAUAGCAGACUCAUACAUCUUGUUGGAAAGAUUGGCCGGACAAGCCACGAGGGUGGAGCUUCCAUUUUUACAAAGCUGUUCGAUACGGAGCAGCCUAUUGUACAUGAAAUCUCGAGGAUCUCCACCACCGCUGCAUCGUCCUUGGUUGUGUCCCCAGAUGCUCCAGACUCGGCAUCGGUGGAGAGCUUGACUCCCGAUCGGAUCUUUGCCUGGCUGUCGUCGCAGGGUUCCUUCUAUGGUCGGCUUUUGACAUCACCAGCUACGACUGAGUUGGGCACCAAGGUCUUCGCAGAAGCAAAACUGUUGCCUAGAUCACAACUACCGGCCUCGGAAUCGGGCAGUGGUCGUAAAAAACCCGUGCAGGACUCCAUUGACUCGAUCGCCUUGACUCAGUGGCACAUUGUGUAUCUGGUGGGAGGGCGCGUAAUUGCGAUCAACCGCCUUGAUGAUCGAGUCGUUUUUGAUCAAGUUGUCCUGGAUCCAGGACAGCAGGCUCUUGGACUCUAUGCGGAUCAACAGAAGAACACAUUCUGGCUGUUCACUACGCAAGAGAUUUACGAGAUAGUCGUUACAGAUGAGGACAGAGAUGUGUGGAAGGUCAUGCUAAAGACGGAGCAUUUCGAUGCGGCAUUGAGAUAUGCCCGAGGCCCGACUCAGAAAGAUGCAGUGGCUACUGCAUCGGGCGACUACCUUGUUAGCAAAGGCUCCUUCAUCGAAGCCGCGGGAGUCUACGGGAAAAGCAGCAAGCCAUUCGAACAAGUUGCUCUCAUUUUUGUCGAUAAUGAUCAACAAGAUGCGUUGCGGAAGUAUCUACUCGCGAAGAUCACAACUUACAAGAAAGCGUCGGUAAUGCAACGAAUAAUGAUUGCGAGUUGGUUGGUUGAGAUUUACAUGUCGAAACUCAAUUCUCUUGAUGAUACAAUCAUCACCAAGGCUGAGUUGUCUGAGACACUGAACCCUGCCAUGACGAGGGAUCAGCUUGACACGAUACGAGCUGAGUUCCACACCUUUGUGAACAAAUACAAAUCAGACCUUGACAGGAAAACCACUUACGAUAUCAUCAGCAGCCAUGGCAGAGAAGAGGAAUUGCUCUACUUUGCCAGUGCGGUUAAUGACUACAAUUAUGUUCUUGGAUAUUGGAUGCAAAGAGAAAGGUGGAAGGAGGUCCUCGAUGUUCUCAAGAAGCAGACAGAGCCAGAUAUAUUCUACCGGUACAGCAGUGGGCUCAUCACCCACGUCGCAGUAGACCUUGUCGAUAUAUUGAUGAGGCAUUCGGAUCUGAAAGCACGGAAUCUCAUUCCUGCCUUGCUGAGCUACGACCGAAACUUCCAGGGACCGCUGUCCCAAAAUCAAGCCAUACGAUACCUCCUUCACGUCAUCAACCAACUGAAUUCGACCGAUGCCGCGGUUCACAAUACCCUAAUCUCCAUGUACGCUUCCCACCCUUCGAAAGACGAGUCGGGUCUGCUCUCAUACCUGGAAUCUCAAGGAGACGAACCAAGUUUCGAUUCCGAUUUCGCUCUACGGCUCUGCAUAGAGCACUCCCGCGUCCAAUCUUGCGUACACAUCUACAGCACGAUGGGCCAAUACCUGCAAGCCGUUGAACUCGCCCUAGCCCAUUCCGAAAUCGACCUCGCAUCUCUCGUUGCCGACCGUCCAGUCUCCAAUCCCGCCCUGCGGAAAAAGCUCUGGCUCGCGGUCGCCAAGAAAGUCAUCUCCCAAUCCAACGGUAUCAAGACCGCCAUCGAAUUCCUGAAACGCUGCGACUUGCUGAAAAUUGAAGACCUGAUACCCUUUUUCCCUGACUUCGUUGUCAUUGACGAUUUCAAAGAGGAGAUCUGCGCUGCUCUCGAAGAUUACAGUCGUAACAUUGACGGUUUGAAGAAAGAGAUGGAUGAGUCUUCGCAAACGGCUACGAAUAUCAAAAUUGACAUUGCAGCUCUGGACCACCGUUAUGCGAUCGUCGAGCCGGGAGAGAAGUGCUACGAGUGCGGCUUACCUCUCCUGAGCCGACAAUUCUUCGUCUUCCCAUGCCAACACGCCUUUCACAGUGAUUGUCUGGGGAAGAAAGUGAUGGAACAAGCCGGGCUCGGGAAGAGCAAGCGGAUCAGAGAGUUGCAGGGCUUGAUUGGUAGGGGGAUGGUGACGGGUGCGAAGAGGGAGAGGAGUAUUGCGGAGCUGGAUGGGCUGGUGGCUAGUGCUUGGUGA